GGUACAGAGGAAAAUCAAAUGUAUGGUGGAGCUUACAGUAUCUCAAGCUUCACAUAAAGCCUUCCACCUCUUCCGCCUCCUCAAAUUUCAAAUUUCAAAGCUCACACUCUUCUCCUCGAGUCCACGCACCAACAACAACGAUCGAGUGAACCUUCACAGCCACGUUCUGAAUAAGACGAAGACGAAGCCCGAGAUGAUGUACUAGCAGCAAUUCUAUCGAGCCAAUCUCAGGCGCGUGAUCUUUGGUGCUUAGUAUAAGAUUUUCUCAGGCAGGCUAGAGACCAUGCAAGCAAGAUAGGUAUCCAUUGACUCUUCAUCGCAAUGUCGAAACUCGCUGUCAUCGUUGGCGUCACCGGGAAUCAAGGCGGAGCUGUUAGUUCUCGUUUUCUCGCCGAUCCUACCUACCGUGUACGCGGCCUAACUCGCAACUCGAACUCCCCAGCUACGCAGUCCCUUAUCGCGCAAGGCGUCGAAAUUGUUCAGGCAGAUCUCGACAAUGUCGAAAGUCUGAUCCCUGCGUUCGCUGGUGCCAACCUUAUCUUCAGCGUCACCAACUACUGGGAACCCUUCUUCCGUCAGGACUGUCGAGACCAAGCGCAGAAACUUGGAAUCUCAUGCCGCGAGUAUGCGGGGAAAAUCGAGUUUGAACAGGGAAAGAACAUCGCAGACGCAGCAGCCAAGACGGCGGGAACGCUGGAUGAAAAUGGAUUCAUCGUGUCGACAUUGAGUCAUGCAGGUCGUUGCAGUGGGGGAAGGUUCAAGGAGCUGUAUCAUUUCAAUGCGAAGGCGGACGUAUUCCCUUGGUAUGUAGCAGAAAGGUAUCCCGAGUUGGCGGCAAAGAUGUCGUGUGUACAGACGGGGUUCUUCUUUUCGAGUUAUAAGUUUCUCCCACAAGCGUAUUUUGCUAAGACAAUGGAUGGAACUUUUGAGAUGAGAUUUCCGACAGCUCCAAAUGUCCUGGUACCUCAUCUUGACGUCAAUCAAGAUACAGGGAAUUUUGUAUAUGCAGUUUCAAAGCUGCCUCCAGGGAAAAGUUUUAUGGCGGAAGGGACAACUUGUAGUUGGAGUGAGUACAUGCGAAUCUGGAGCACGGUCACCGGAAAGCCUGCGCGAUACCAGCAGAUUUCACUUGAACAAAUGAUUGAAGAAUCGACGGACAAGGAACUUGGGAGGGAGGUCGGGGAUAUGUUUCUGUAUUCGUCCUCUCCAGGUUACGAUGGCGGCGACCAGACGCUACUGAAAGCUGCAGAAAUCAGAAAACUCGGAAUAGACUGCCAAAUGACUCAGCUGGAGGAUUGGAUGAGGAGACAAGAUUGGUCCUCCGUCCUCUCGAAUUGAUUUUCUAAGGGCCGGCUAUCUCGCCUCUUAGUGGCUGGCUCUGGAACUCUACCUCAAUCGAUAAAUGUCGACGCGUUCUACGUUCCUCCGAGUCGUCAAGCUUUCAAGGAUGCCCCGCUUCCGGAAAUACCACCAGAAAUCGCCUGCGGGGUCACACCCUGUAACACCUCCCCACUAUCAUUUUCGCCGUGUAUUUUGGAAUGAAUGUUACGUAGGGCGGGACGUUGGAUUUUGAAGUCUCCUCGGAGGAUGCGCUCAUCCAAUGCGGAAGUCCCGUGUGGAAGAAGGAAUUACUAACAAAGACUUGUGGGAGAUAAAGACUUUUACUUGAUCCUAGGUGUAUCGGAGAUAGAUAGAUAGUGAGGAGUUAUAUACGUACUUAACUUAUAAUUCAUUCGUACG